AUGUCUCGUUUUGUCAAGGCCUAUCUGAAGGCGAAGCGCCUCAACCAGAGGCAAACGCCAUUGCCAUGGACUCCUCGGUUCUUAGAGCUGAGCAAAGAACCCUCCAUCCCUCCCCCCCUGAGAGAGCGACAACAACCGCAACGCGUAGACCUCGCCAAGCAUCUGAACAUUAAGGAAGGCGAUCUAGUUCGGGUGCUGCACGGCCGCGAUCAGAACCGCUCUGGCAUCGUUCUCAAGAUUGACUCCAGGAAAAACACAGUCAUCGUCGAGGGAUGCAAUCUGAAGAGAAGUUUUUGGAGCCCUCGGUCAGCUGGCCCGUCUAUCCUCACGGAAGAGAUGCCGAUUCACAUCACCAAUGUCUCCCUUCUUGACCCUAUCACAAAGCGCCCGACGCGAGUUAAGCGGCGAUACACGAUGCAGGGGGAGUGUGUUCGUAUCUCGAAGAUUUCCGGCUGCGCCAUGCCAGAACCGUUGUCUCCUAUCCCUCGCCCCCCAAAUGCAUACCAGGAGUUCCUUGCUGAGAAGGCUAAGGGGCCCCCCAUAAAGGAGAAGUAUGCUAACCCGGAUCCGUUGCAUUUGCAAAUGCUAACUCAACUAGGCAGAGAUGGUUGCGUUUCUGACUCUCUGCGUAUGCAUCCAUUGUCCCCUAACACUUGGGCGUCGUAUGCAGCUGUAAGUAUUGGCAAGACAGUUGACCUGCUCGCUGUGGAGGCAAAUAGAUCUUUUCCUCUUGCGAAUACAGAGGAAUACCUGUUACAGGAUGCUUUCACUGAAAAUGCAGAACGUCCCCACAGAGGAUUUGUUGUGAUUCUGCAUUUUCAUCGUAUAUCUCGUAAACCUUAG